AUGGAGUCUACGCUGCCCGCUGCUCCGACGGUUCAGAACUCCCGGCCAUUGCACGUCCGCACGCCGUUACUCGAGAGCCUGCCACUGUCAGAGAUCUACGGGCAGCGGGUCUACCUCAAAAUGGACAACGUCCAGCCGUCGGGAUCCUUCAAAAUCAGGGGAAUGGGCGCCCUGUGCCAGGACGCUAAGCGCAAAGGUGCCUCCAAAGUGGUCAUAGCUUCUGGCGGCAAUGCCGGCAUGGCAGUGGCGUACGGCGCCCGCCAGCUGGGAAUGGAGAGCGUGGUCGUCAUCUCUCACAACGUGCCACAUCGCAUGGUCGACAAGCUGCGGCUCGAAGGGGCUCGCGUCGAGGUUCAAGGCCACUGCUGGGACGACGCCAACGAACGAGCCAAGGAGAUCGUCGCCGCCGAAGGCGGGUACUAUUGCCACCCUUUCGACAAUCCGCUGAUAUGGGCGGGCAACGCCACCAUGGUGUCUGAGAUGAAGGAGGACCUGGUCGACCAGGUUCCCGCCGCCGUUGUGGCCUCGGUUGGUGGCGGCGGACUGGUGUGCGGCCUCUCGGAAGGCAUGCAAGCGGCCGGCUGGGCGGACGUGCCCAUCAUUGCCGUCGAAACACGAGGCGCCGACUCCUUCCGCGCCUCACUGCGCGCAGGCAGCCAGGUCAUGCUGCCCAAGAUCACCAGCAUUGCAGCGGCACUGGCCGUACGCAAGGUGUGCACCAGGAUCUUGGAGCUUUACCGGACACGCAGUAUCUUCUCCAUGGUGCUCUCCGACCGGCUCGCCGUUGAUGCGUGCAACCGAUUCGCCGGUAAGUGGCACACCACGUCUUGCUUGGCAUCGCCGUAA